AUGCCUCAAGACCUCACUUUCACAAUCCCAUCCCACCUAGAUGAGUACAACAUCCCCCUCUCCAGCUUCAAAGCCGCCAGGCCGCAAUGGACCAACUUCAUAGUCGGGGGACUUGUCUUUUCUCGUUUCUCACGUGAUUCCCAAAACAAGAGCAACGAGGAGGGCGAACCAAGAGUCCUCCUGCUCCAGCGUGCCCUGACCGAUUCCCUCCCCGGUUACUGGGAGGGCCCGGGCGGAGGCUGCGAGGAGACCGACGAGACGAUUUUGACAGCGGCUGCGCGGGAAGUCGUGGAGGAAAGCGGGUUGCAUGUGUCGAGGAUUGUGGAUUUGGUCGGGGUGGAGGAGUGGACGAAAGAGAAGAACGGGAAGAUGGUAUUUGCGGCCAAGUUUUCGUUCUUGGUGGAGGUUCAUGAGGCUCAAGGCGUUUUUGGAGAGAUUGCUGGAACGGACCGGGAGAAGACGGUUGAAGUUGAGGGUGACGCUGUGCAGCGGUGGGAGGAUAGGGUUCGACUGGAGCCCAGUGAGCAUUCGACGUUUGAGUGGGCAACGGAAGAGCAAGUGAGGUUGGGGUUGGAAGGGAAGGGGAAGUAUAAGAUUUUGGAGGAUGAGGGUCGGAAUCUUAUGAAGGCAUUCCGUUUGGUAGCGUAGUGAGUUCUAAUAUAGAUGGAGGCAGUUAUGCUACAGUUAGAAUAACAUAGAGUGGCGAGAAACAUUAAUGAAGCCAAGCGCCGUGCUUUUCUUUGGAAA